UGAUGUUUGUUUAAUCACAAUGGGAAUGUGGGAAUGUCUGGGGGCUGCUUUUUGGGUAUUGUUGGUGUGUGAAGCAAUGCUGACAAGUUGCAGACACUCUGAUGAUCCCAAUUAUUACUGGAAAUGGGGCCCUUACAGAAAUUUCCCUCCCUCUGUGUCUGGUCAGGGCUCCAGAGGGUACGGCCGGGUGGUCUUCCAAGCCAGGGAUCUGCAGCCCACCCAAUUGAACCCUGUCAGUGUGCUCUGUGAUGAGGCCCAGGUAACUGUCACUGUACAGAGGGACCUUUUUAGGAAUGGGAGGCUGGUGAAGGUCUCAGAUCUCACUCUAGGGCCCCGGGGCUGUACCCCAAGCUCACAGGGCCCGGACACUGUUACUUUUCAGUAUGGACUGCAGGAGUGUGGCAACAGUCUACAGAUGACCUCCAACUGGCUGAUUUACAGCACCAACCUGACCCACAGCCCAACUCCUUCCAGGAACUCGCCCAUAAUUCGCACAAAUUCUGCGACAGUUCCCGUCCUGUGUUAUUACCCCAGACAUGGCAACGUCAGUAGCAAGGCCAUCAAACCCACAUGGAUUCCUUUCAGCUCCACCGUGUCCAUGGAAGAGAAACUCUCCUUUUCUCUGAAACUCAUGACAGAUGACUGGCUCUCUCCUCUGGCUUCUUCUGUGUUCCGGCUUGGUGAUGUAUUCAGCAUUGAGGCUUCUGUUGAUACCAGAAACCUUGGUCCCAUGAUGAUCUUUGUUGACCGUUGUGUGGCCACCCUGUCACCUGAUUUGAACUCAAGCCCUCAGUAUGAGAUUAUUGCUCUCAAUGGGUGUUUAGUGGAUAGUAAACAGGAAGACUCUUCCUCUACCUUCUGGUCUCCAAGACCUUCACCAGACAAGCUGAGAUUUAAGGUUGAUGCAUUCAAGUUCAUUGGAGCAGAUUCUCCUGUGAUCUACAUCACUUGCAGUGUGAGAGCAGCUGCAGCAAACCAGGGCCCAGAUGUUCUGAACAAGGCCUGCUCCUUCAGUAAAGUCAGCAACACGUGGUCGUCACUAAAUGGCCCCAAUAAUAUCUGUGACUGCUGUGACACAGGAGCGUGUGCUGCUACUGGAAGCAGAGGGGUCAAUUAUUUCAGGAGAUUAAGCAGAUCGGUUGAUUCAAGCUCUGAAGUAGAAUUGGUAGCAGUUGGUCCUCUGUUCAUCAUUGACCCGAAAAGUCAUGUGGCUCCGUCCGUAAAUCAAGAAUCAAGCCAAAUUGUUGAGCUCUGGCUGUUGGUAGCACUGUGUUGUCUAAGUCUCAUUGUGAUUUCAGUUUGUGUUAUUGUGAAUAUCCACAGAUUUUGUAGGAAACAAAGUAUCUUUGUUCUUGCAAAAUAAAGUAUCUUAAAGAAGCAGAGUCUUGGAUUGCCUUUCUAUUGCAACUAAUUUGGUGGGAGGUGUUUAUAGAUGUGCACUCCGGGCUGUGUGGGGGAAAUGAUUUAUUUUACAGAUGUUCUUGUACCCUUGUUACCCUACUGGGAUGUUGGGGACCUCUAAAAUGCAGUUAAUCAUGUUAUAGGGGGUUUUACAACCUAAUAAAAUGAUUCAAAGACACCAGCUCUAUCUGCAGCCCAACCAAGUCUAGGAAUCCUGUAUUUGAGAAGACAGGAGGGGGAAAUGGUGCACCAGUAAAUAAAAGUUCUGUAGUCUAUAGAGGAGCCUCCUUUUCGUUCUUCUUUUUCUCCAUGAAAAAAGGUCCUUCACAAUCUGCCUACACUCUAAAGAGCAGUCACAUUCACCCACAACCACCUUUUUUAACCAGAAAAAACAGCCUCAGCCCUGACAAUCCUUCCAUCCCUCUAGCCAGUUUAGUUGCACGUCUCUGCACUUGCUGCACCUCCUUUAUAUUCUCCGUAAGGACUGGAGCCCAAAACUGCCCCUAAUACUACAGGUGAGGCCUUACCAGGAACCUAUAAAGAGGCAAAAUGAUGUGUAUUUUAGACCAUACUUUAUUUGAUUUAGUAGCCACUAAGUGAUAUUACAUAGUUAUUCACAGUAUGUUAAUUUCAGUUAA